AUGUAUAUUCCUGUCACCGAUUUAAAUGGUCAGUAAAGCAUUGUGAACUUUGAACUUGAGCUCGAGCUCAGUCAGUGCAUGAUGGGGCUCGCUGUAUUGAGCUGUGGCUCCCACCCUGCUGCCCCUUAUGUAUACUUCCAGAUGUCAUUUCAUUCACAGACUGGUCAACGUCUUCACUUUCUUUUUGUUUGUCACCAGGAGACCCAUUUCACACCUCAAAGUCCAAGACAUUCAUCAUAGAAGGUACAUGGUACCCUUAGUCAAAACAAAGUGUUCAAUCAACACCCCUUCAAACGAAAGGCAUUUUAUGGCAGUGACUUGAUAGAAGUAGUCCUCCCUCCAUUAUCCUACCAUUCAAAACCCCCUUUGAAUCCAUAAAAUGUUGGACUUUUCGUAGUGCUAGCAAAAAAGGGUGGUCUACUGUAGUGGAUUGAGAGAGGGAUUGAUUCAUACUUGGUAACGUUACAUCUUGCAAGUACAUUUUGGAGAAGUUCACUGAAUUUCAUGGAUCCCUCAUUCAUUGUAAAAAUGAAAAAUCCUUAACUUCAAUUUCCUUUCUCAUUUUCACUUCAAAGCCAACAUUUAUUUUUGAAUCUUUUUUUUUCUCAUGUUUUCUCAAUCAAUUCAUCAGUAUAACAGAUAUGUUUAUUUGUCAGAAAUAAAUUAAUUAUUUCUGGGCUUAUAAUGCCAAUGCGGGCAGUUUCAGAUACCCUUGUCGUCUUGAAAAGGCCAUUUCCACUUUUUGUUGUUGGAAGAAAUGACACUUAAAGAUGUCCAUUCUCUCCGGCUGACAAUUGUAACCAGAAUAUGAUGUAAUCCUUCCAGAAUCCUUUGAUUUACUCAGUUUGGUGUCUUUCUGUUUUAUCUCUCUCUCUCUCUCUCUCUCUCUCUCUCUCUCUCUCUCUCUCUCUCUCUCUCUCUCUCUCUCUCUCUCUCUCCUCUCUCUCCUCUCUCUCUCUCUCUCUCUCUCUCUCUCCUCUCUCUCUCUCUCUCUCUCUCUCUCUCUCUCUUCAACUGUAACUUAUAACAGAUCAAUGCAAUAAAGUAGAGUUCCAUACCAUGUAGAAAGAGGAGCAGGAUAUGAGGUGUACACAGUCACAUGUACCUUUACAGUAGCCAUAAAGCAUUGUGAAAGCCAAAGUACCCCAUGCACAAACCCCUCCUGACCAUUACUGUUUUUGUUGGCAUCACUCACCCCUCCCAUUUCUCAGACGACUGGCUUGGUUUCCUUUUAUUUUGCAAGAUGUCCGCUGCCGGUGCUGCUGCAGCCUCCUUUGUGAACGCUGUCUUGACUGCAGUGUGUCUCUCUAGCCUGAGCAUGCAACCCAUCAGGGUUUUGUUCCAGCCAAGCAGUAACCUGAUUAUACUAAUCAGAGUCUUGAUUAAAUACUAGUUAAUGGGUAGAAUAGGUUUGAUACUUGCCUGGAACAAAACCUUGCACCCACAUGUGCCAUAGGAGGUAAAGAAUGCAUACCCCGGGCUAGAUGAUGGUUUUGGGGCCACUGAAGCCUUAUUCACAAAUCUUCCUUUUUUUCUCUUUACAACAGUUAAAGACGGUACAAAUAUAACAGCCGAGACAAGACAAGACGUUUUUAUGCCAGUUUUAGAACAAAGUUUGCUUGAUCUGAAUGGUCUAGUUUUAGAAUGUCUCAUUUCAGCUGCUGGAGUUUCCAGAAUUCAACCUGUCAAAACUUAGCUAAAGACUUGAGACGAGACGGGUCUGUUUAGCCAAUCAGAGAGCAGUAUGCUGACGUUCUGUGUUAGCCAAGCAGCUAGGUAGCUAGCCAAGCAGACAGCUAGCCAGCUAUUUUGCUCUAGCUAGCCUAGUUUGCUGAUAUAUCUCUGACAAGUUACAAAGUGUGCCCUAUUUCUGGUGCAUAUAUUUCAUGAUACUUGUUUGCUACAACACCUUGCUACAACAAGUGGUAACUGUCUCAAAGUUUUUGUAUCUGAAUGUGCAUCUUUAGUCAGCUGUUCUACAACACAUAAUUCUAAAACGAUCUAGUUUUUUUCUUGUCUCGUCUUUCCAUAUGUCAGAGUUAUAUCUCAAAUAAAAUAACAUUUUACAGCAAGUAUAAAAGGUGCAGUGAAAUGCUUGUGUGCUAGCUCCCUCAACAUUGCAGUUCAAUAAUCAAUAUCAACUAGAAUAAAUAAAUGGGGAUACAACAAGCUUCAUAGUUUAUAAAGUAUGAAUGGUAGCAAAAAGCUGUGUUGAAGCCAUCUAAGUUGAGUCAGUCUGCACAUGUCAACAUUGGGGUGGUGUUUGUAGCUGAAACGGAUCAAGAGCAGUGGAAUCCAAAAUUUGCCUUUGAAGUCUAUGGAGCUUUUAUGCAAACGUGAAACUGUUAUAGUUCAAAAAGUACAAAUAGCAUCAACAAUCUCUUGACAUGCAAUCUAAGUUGAGUCAGUCUGUACAUGUCAGCGUUGGUUUGUGUUUGUAGCUUUAAUGGUUCAAGAGCAUUGGUUAAUCCAAAUACUUUGCCUUCAAGCCUAUAGAGCUUUUAUGGACAUUUAAAAUGGUUAUAGUUCAAAUAGUAUAAAUGGUAUCAAAAAGCUGUAUACAAACACGCUAUUCCAGAACGGUCUGAACGUUUUAGAGUUUGAAUGGCGUUUCUAGCUUAAACCAUUGAAGACUAGCAGCGACCGGUAUUUCUUCCAUUAAAGUCUAUAACCCCUGAAAUAUGUUGGGGUUUAUGCAAAUAUGGUUGUAGUGUGAAAAAUAUAAUUAGAAUCAAACGUUUUUUUCAAGCAACAGUACCAGUGCCAGUCUGCACGUUUUAAAGUUGCUUUGGUGUUGGUAUAUUUAACGGUUCAAGAGCAGUGGCGAAUCCAAAUACUUCCCAUUUAAGCUUAGGUAUCACCUUUAAAACAGUAAUAGUUCAGAAAGUAUACAUGGUAUCAAAACCGCUGAAUACGAGCAACCUAUUCCAGACCAGUCUGCACAUUUGAAAGUUUGAAUGGCGUUUCUAGCUUAAAUGGUUGAAGACUAGUAGUUAAGGGAUACAUUUUUACCAUUCAACUCUAUGGCCAUUGAAAUGCAUUGGGAUUUAUGUAAAUGUGGUUUUAGCAGGAAAAGUAGUAUCAAACUUUUUUUUCAAGUGCACUGCGGACGGUCAGCCUACACGUUUUAAAGUUGUUUUGGUGUCGGUAGAUUUUACGGUUUUGACGCUACAGGUCGCACAGAGCUGUUCUCUUUAAAACAUGCUUUUAAAACAACCUGUUUUUAAAAUGUAAUGUUUCUUAUAUAAAGGGAGCAUGAAAAGCUUUGAAGAAAACUCUGGGUUUUGGAUUGACCCUACUGCUAUUUUGACUCUGGCAUGAACAGUGCUGUUUUUGCCCCGAUAAAAUUGGUCAGACAAUGUAUUUGACUGCCUGAUUUGUGACUGUAAAACCUUAACGCAUAAAUACUUUUUAAAAAUUUCAAUUGAGCGUCAAAUCAAAACAAAAGCCUCAAAAAAAGAAAAUCAGUGUGUUGAUUGACUCCAAAAAGGAAUGACAUUUUCUUCCUUUUCUCCCCAUAUGUUUCACUGCUCAUUAUUUUCACUGAUGUAUACAUUAACUAGGUAACUCCUUUGUGCUUUUACCCUUUGUCCAAAAUUCUAUGUGGACUUUCCUUCUAUCUCCUCUUUCUCUUUCAUUUCUCAUAUCCCUCUCCUCAAUACCUUUUCACCCUCUCUCUUACUCUCACCUGUUCCCUCCACUCCUCUUCUCCAAUGUCGGGGCCAAUGGGUGAAUGGUGUCUUUUGAUUGGCAGAGACGGUGCGGGCAAUGACCCAUGUGAUCAACCAGGGGAUGGCCAUGUACUGGGGAACGUCGCGCUGGAGCUCCAUGGAGAUCAUGGUGAGUUGGAAAACAGUUGAAACACAAUUAAACCAUGGAUUACUUAAAAUAAUCAAUGACUUAUUCCCAUCACUGUAUUGUUACGAAAGUACAUUGUUCGUCCCUGAGCCUGUUUGCUUCUGUUCCUUUUCUGUCCUAUAGGAGGCGUACUCAGUGGCCAGGCAGUUCAACCUGAUCCCCCCUAUAUGUGAGCAGGCUGAGUACCACAUGUUCCAGAGGGAGAAGGUGGAGGUGCAGCUCCCCGAGCUCUUCCACAAAAUAGGUAAGUUACACAGCAACCGUCUGCCUCCCUUUGGUUCGACCCAUAGAGGUGGAUAGAGGGUGCACUUACAACAACGAUAAAAGAUAGGUGUGCCCUCUUUCCAUCGCUAUGGUUCCAGCGUUUAAUAAGGGUAGACCCUGAAAGAGCUGAGGUCUGCCAUUUUUGCCACAAACAUACUCCAUUGGCUGCUAUUCAUGUUUGGUAAUGUGGCUAAUGCUAGCCAGAAGUUGUGAUAAUACUAAUGUAGCUAAUAUACAGUAUUUUUAUUUUGAAUGAAUCACUCUUAGGGGAUGCUCUCAGUCCGAGUAACCUGUCAAGGCACAUAAAGACCAAGGCAUGGAAGUCAUAAUGGCGGUAAAGCUUGGUAUUCAUUAGGCACCAAAUGGAAGAAAACAGACUAAAACAUAGAGGGCCUACCUGAACUUGUCCAAUAAGAAACGCUUGUUUUCGGUUUCCGUUGCAAAACGUUUUGCUACGGUGUGCACUAAUGAAUAUGAUCCUGAUGUCUCUGUGCAGGUGUGGGUGCCAUGACAUGGUCUCCGCUGGCGUGCGGGAUCAUCUCAGGGAAGUACGACAGUGGGGUACCCCCGUGCUCACGGGCCUCACUAAAGGUAACCUUUGACCCUUGACAUGUGACUGAUGCCUUAUCCUCUCCAGCCCACAUCUCGUCGCUUGUCUGUCACACCCCUUUGCUUGUGGUUGUAGUUGGUGUUGUUUUUUUGUCCUGCCACUGUGCCACCUUCCUUUCUGCUAACAACAGUUUAUCCUGAUAGCACAUUGUUGUAGUACGUUCCUCUGACUUAAUGCAUGUCAAUUGACGAUUGGGGACUUUAGAAAGUGUCAGGAAAGCCAUUCGGUGUAUAUGGGUCACCCAGCUUCAGUGGAACAUUCCUACACACCUACGCACAAAUGCACAAAUGCACACAUGCGCACACACAAACACACACAGACACACACACACACACACACACACACACACACACACACACACACUCACACACACUGUGCUCUCUCUUUCUGUGUGUUCUGUACCAUGCUGUCUAUCGCUCUCCUCCUCCUGUUCAGCGACAUCUUUGGCUUAAUGAUCCUCAAAUGAAGGGAUCUAUGCCAUUGAUUUCCUAUGUCAUACACUCCACUGGUGGAAACAGGCCAUUUAUGUCCACUCAGGCACACAAAUGUGGAAGCACUGAACCAAGGUCUAAGACAGAGGGUGGCUGUGUGUGUGCGAUAACCAGAGGCAGGCAGUUACAGUCUCUGUGUAGUUCCCUCACAUAGCAGACAUCUGCUCUGCCACUGGUGAGAGAUCCACACACACUGUAUGCGUUAUGUAUGAUAUCUCUAUAACUUUCAGCCAUUCACAGAAAGGCAUCUCUGCACACAAGGGGUUUCUGGAUACAGUAGUCCUGAGCUGGAGUGUGUGUGUGUGUGUGUGUGUGUGUGUGUGUGUGUGUGUGUGUGUGUGUGUGUGUGUGUGUGUGUGUGUGUGUGUGUGUGUGUGUGUGUGUGUGUGUGUGUGUUUGUGUGCGCACGCAUGCGUGUGUGUUCUGUGCUGUGACAGGGCUACCAGUGGAUGAAGGACAAGAUCCUGAGUGAGGAGGGGCGCCGUCAGCAGGCGAAGCUGAAAGAGCUGCAGGCCAUUGCCGAGCGACUGGGCUGCACCCUGCCCCAGCUCGCCAUCGGUAACACACACCUGCCACUCUCUCUUUUUCUCUCUGUCUGUCUGUCCUGUCCAGCCGUCCGUCUGUCUCUUUCUUUAGAGCUCCAGCGUCUGUUAGUCAGUCUGAUUUAUGCAAUCUAUCUAACAGGGACAGUGCACGUUAAUCAACAUAUCAGUGUUCACAUCAAUGUAAAAUUACCAGAGUUAGCAAAUGAGCUAACCGUCGUCCAUAGUCUGUCUGUCUAGUAGAACCUCAAGUAGGAGGUUGGUCAAGUCCCUGGUAGUCAAAUAUUCCGAUGUGUUGGUUCAGCUUAACGUCACAAUGCCUGAGAAUGAGUCUUUGUGCUCACCUGAAGUCACUUAGUUGCACUGGACAUGUGCAUGUGUGUGUGUGUGUUUCCUCACUCCUUCACUGUACUUUGUGCUUCCACACACACAUUGUUCAUUUUCCUGUGUGGUUGUUCCCUCCCACAGCAUGGUGCCUGAGGAAUGAAGGGGUGAGCUCUGUGCUACUGGGGGCCUCCAGCACAGACCAACUGAUGGAGAAUCUAGCAGCAAUACAGGUCAGAAGUGAAUACUCCACACACACACAUUCACACAAGUACUCACAUUCACACAUACUGUACUUAUGCAUGCUUGCUCACAUACCACAUACACAUGAUCUCUCUCUCUCUCUUUCACACACACACACACACUGGGUGUGAACCCAUGUGUGUAAGAACUCACAUUCACACAUACUUCUGGAUACUUGCUCACAUACCACAUACACAUACGCUCUCCCUCUCUCUCCACACAAUGAGAAAGAUCUUCUAACCGAGCAUUGCCUCUAAGUGGUAAACACAGUGCCUUCGGAAAGUAUUCAGACCCCUUGACUUUUUCCACAUUACGUUACAGCUUUAUUCUAAAAUUCAUUAAAUAAAUGAAACUCCUCAACAAUCUACACACAAUACCCCAUAAUGACAAAGAUAAAAACGUUGUUUUGUUUUACAUUUUUACAAAAAAAAAAAAAAAAGAAAAGGAAAUACCUAAUUUACAUAAGUAUUCAGACCCUUUGCUAUGAGACUCGAAAUUGAGCUCAGGUGCAUCCUGUUUCCAUUGAUCAUCAUUGAGAUGUUUCUACAACUUGAUUGGAGUCCACGUGUGGUAAAUUCAAUUGAUUGGACAUGAUUUGGAAAGGCACACACCUGUCUAUAUAAGGUCCCACAGUUGACAGCGAAUGUCAGAGCAAAAACCAAGACAGAAUUGUCCGAAGAGCUCCGAGACAGGAUUGUGUCGAGGCACAGAUCUGGGGAAGGGUACCAAUUCUGCAGCAUUGAAGGUCCCCAAGAACACAGUGCCCUUCAUCAUUCUUAAAUGGAAAAUGUUUGGAACCACCAAGAGUCUUCCUAGAGCUGGCCACCCGGCAAAACUGAGCAAUCGGGGGAGAAGGGCCUUGGUCAGGGAGGUGACCAAGAGCUCCAGAGUUCCUCUGUGGAGAUGGGAGAACCUUCCAGAAGGACAUCCAUCUCUGCAGCACUCCACCAAUCAGGUCUUUAUGGUAGAGUGUCCAGACAGAAGCCACUCCUCAGUAAAAGGCACAUGACAGCCCGCUUGGAGUUUGCCAAAAGGCACCUAAAGACUCCCAAACCAUGAGAAACAAGAUUCUCUGGUCUGAUGAAACCAAGAUUGAACUCUUUGGCCUGAAUGCCAAGCGUCAUGUCUGGAGGAAACCUGGCACCAUUCCUACGGUGAAGCAUGGUGGUGGCAGCAUCAUGCUGUGGGGAUGUUUUUUAGUGGAGGGGCUGGGAGACUACUCAGGAUCAAGGCAAAGAUGAUUGGAGCAAAGUACAGAGAGAUCCUUGAUGAAAACCUGCUCUAGAGCGCUCAGGACCUCACACUGGGGCAAAGGUUCACCUUCCAACAGGACAACGAUCCUAAGCACACAGCCAAGACAACGCAGGAGUGGCUUCGGGAGAAAUCUCUCAAUGUCCUUGAGUGGCCCAGCUUGAGCCCGGACUUGAACCCAAUCGAACAUCUCUGGAGAGACCUGAAAAUAGCUGUGCAGCAAACGCUCCCCAUCCAACCUGACAGAGCUUGAGAGGAUCUGCAGAGAUGAAUGGGAGAAACUCCCCAAAUACAGGUGUGCCAAGCUUGUAGCGUCAUACCAAAGAAGACUCGAUGCUGUAAUCGCUGCCAAAGGUGCUUCAACAAAGUACUGAGUAAAGAGUCUGAAUACUUAUGUAAUUGUGAUAUUUCCAUUUAUUUAUUUUGUAUACAUUUGGAAACAUUUAUAAAAACCUGUUUUUGCUAUGUCAUUAUGGGUUAUUGUGUGUAGAUUGAGGCAAAAAAGUUUACAUCAAUUUUAGAAUAAGGCUGUAACGUAACAAAAUGUGGAAAAAGUGAAGGGGUCUGAAUACUUUCCGAAGGCACUUAUUCUGCGACAUCUGCUUAAUUUCCAGAACAUUUUGUUGUUGUUGUUUUGUUUUUUACAUUGUAGCUCAAUUCUAUUUUUUGCCUUAUUGGGAAAUAUUUCCGUCUGGGGUGAUAGUCUGUUUGCUUGUAUUUGUUUACUGUUGUUGACGUGGAUUUGAUGACUUGUGUAGUGGCAUUGAAUUUGAAUUCCAACUGGGGACAUUGUGUUCAUUAUGUAAUGUAUGUCACUCUCCUUCUCUCACAGGUUCUUCCAAAGUUGUCGUCCUCCAUCGUGCAUGAGAUGGAUAGUAUCCUAGGCAACAAGCCCUACAGUAAAAAGGACUACAGAUCCUAGAGGCUGCCUGAGGAACAUUGUUGGGCACUCAGCAUCUUCCUACUUCCUCGUUUGCGACCAGCUUCAGUUGAACAAGACACCAGGCACCAUGGGAAAUAUAUAGCCAUUAAUCCACUUGGGAAAGUCAAUCAGAGUAUCUAAAAAUAUAUAUCUUUCUCCCAACCCAAAGAUUUUAGAGGAAACUUGGAGACGUGUCCCGUCCAAGGAACUGUAUUCACCAUUUCAGUGAAACAUUUGCUUCAGCAUGAAAAAAAAACAUUUAUUUCGGGUCAAAGGGAAAAACACAAAAAGUCACGCACAUGUUUGCCUUGCAUUAAUUUCCUGCUUGGCCAUCUUAUUAUUAUUUAGAAAAGUAGAUGGACCCAGAGCAAGUCCUUAAAUGCACUUCAUUCAUAAAUUAUUUAUUCUAUAACAGAUUCUUGAUUUAAAAGGAUCAGAAUCCAGAACCCUUUUGAAAAGGUUUUUGUCUUGUAUAGGUCCCAUAAAAUGAAUUGAUCCAGCACUCCAUUAAAGAUGCACUG